AUGAACUUCUCUCUCCAUCUAACAGUCACAGCUUUGUGUUGUCUAGUUGUUGUGUUUGGAGGGUUACCUUUCUCUUCAGAUGCACAGCUUGAUCCAUCCUUCUACAAAACCUCUUGUCCAAAUGUCCAUUCCAUUGUACGCGAAGUUCUAAGGAACGUCUCCAAGACGGAUCCUCGUAUUCUUGCUAGUCUCAUCAGGCUUUACUUUCAUGAUUGCUUUGUUCAAGGUUGUGAUGCAUCGAUCUUGUUGAAUGAUACUUCCACAAUUGUGAGUGAACAAGGAGCUUUUCCGAAUAACAACUCAAUAAGAGGUUUAGAUGUUGUGAAUCGAAUCAAAACUGCGGUGGAAAAUGCUUGUCCUAAUACAGUUUCUUGUGCUGAUAUUCUUGCCCUCAGUGCUGAAAUUUCAUCUGUUCUGGCUCAAGGUCCUGAUUGGAAAGUUCCACUAGGAAGAAGAGAUAGUUUAACAGCAAACCAAUCACUUGCUAAUGCAAAUCUUCCAGGCCCCGCUUCCAACAUUACUACACUAAAAUCCUUCUUUUCCCGUCAAGGCCUCAACACUACUGAUCUUGUUGCACUCUCAGGUGCUCAUACGAUCGGUAGAGGUCAAUGCAAAUUCUUCGUCAAUCGAUUAUACAAUUUCAGUAGUACAGGAAAUCCUGAUCCAACUCUCAACACAACAUACUUGCAAACAUUGCAAUCAUUAUGUCCCAAUGGUGGACCGGGUACCACCCUCGCCGAUUUGGACUUAACCACUCCCGAUACAUUCGACUCGAAGUACUACUCUAAUCUUCAAGUUCAAAAGGGUUUGUUUCAGAGUGACCAAGAGUUGUUUUCGACAACGGGCUCAGACACUAUUGCCAUUGUCAAUAGCUUCAACAACAAUCAAACUCUUUUCUUUCAAAACUUUAAGGCCUCAAUGAUUAAAAUGGGUAAUAUUGGGGUGUUGACUGGAUCUCAAGGUGAAAUUAGAAAACAAUGUAACUUUGUUAAUGGGGCUUCUGCUGGACUUGAUUCAGUCGUCACUAGACAAUCGUCUCAAGAUGGUGUUAGCUCGUACUAA